AUGGGUAAGAGAAAGCAUAAAGAUCGUGACUACGAUUAUUUGCUUCACAAGAUAAAAAAGUUAGAGAAGAAUAUUAAACGACACCGACAUGAUGAGGACAUGGAAGACGCGUUGCAAGUAGAUGAUGAUUACUCGAUAACAGAGGAAGACGUAAAUCAUUUUGAAACCGUAAGAUCGACCGUACACAUACCCGAACAACCGCCAAAACCCACCAACCCUCUCGGUCCACUACCAACAUCAGACCUGCCGCUGACACCACAACAGGCACCUACUGUGCAGCAAGCAAUACCUGCCGUGCAAGAUGCUCCUUUAUUGGAUACAGGAGAAUCACCUGAGGAGACAGGAGACGUGAUUCUAGACAGUACUCUUUUAGAAAUACUGGGUGAGGAUCCGUCAUUAAUACAACAAUAUGGAAAAGAAAUUCAAAACGAUCUAGCGAAACGACUACAGCACAUUGCGACUAAUGGCUUAGCCAAGGAAGUUCGUAAAGAGCUAUGCGACAGGUACUUACCUCCUAGCAACUGUCCCUUGAUUGACGCUCCAGAACUCAAUCCAGAAAUAAAAGCUGCGGUCUCAGACGCGGUGAUGAAGCGAGACAAAGGUAUUCAACUGAAACAAAAACAACUAGGACGAGCAAUAUCGUGUAUUGCCGAGGCUCUCAGUAGUUUAAUGUCCAAAGAAGACAAAGAUGCGCCAACUAUAAGACUAUUAAUGGAUGCCUGUCGUUUGCUCUCUGAUAAUCAAAACCAAGACUCGGUUACACGAAGAAACUUUAUCCUAUAUAAUCUGAAAAAAGACAUGAAGGAACAAAUGCAAAAGACUAAUAUAGAUAAAAUGCUAUUCGGUUCCGAACUUGCCGAAACCUUAAAAACUGCAAAGUCUAUUUCGAAAUCGGGAGCCGAUCUAAAAUUACCGACGUCUUCUAAUAGAGUUUCUGGUCCUAAAAACAAGCCUUACACACCGCAGCAAUACACAGGAGCCCAUCCUAAAAGAAAUAAUUUAAACUGGAAGGCUCCUCCUCUGAAUCGCAGGCAUCAGGGGAGCCAGAGGAGCAGGGAGCCUGCUUCUUCCAGGAAUCAGCACGCGAGCAGCUCACGCACAUCAUAUCGAGCGUCGCGCCACAGGUACUCGAGCCGCCGCUAGAUGGAACACCGGUGAGUCACACUGGCAGACUAUCGCAUUUCUACUAUCAAUGGUCAUUAUUGACCUCGGAUCCGGUUAUUUUAUCAUGGAUAGCGGGAUAUG